AUGGCCGUUACUCUCGAGCUACGUGAGCCCGUUUACCCUAUCGUCCCCCGGGACUCCUCGCAGUUGAGUGCGGAGGCCGUCAAGGCCCUCACCACGGGUGGAUUCAGGGCUCAUGAGCCCGAAGAUAUUGCCAACGGAAGCCCGACCGCCAAUGCCGCGGCGGCGUUCGCAGAAUGUUAUCCAGUGCUCGCCGAGGAACUGUUGGACUGGGCUUCGAAAAAUGGAGCACUUGUCCAACGCAAGGCCGAGACCGAGCCGCUGAUCAUGACCAUGCGACAGAAUGUUUUUGCUGUGCCUCCGAACCGGAUUGCCAUCGCUUUCGCACUUGGGUGCAAGAAUGUGUGCGCUGGGGCGGUCAUCGCCAAAGGCAUGGCCCGCCGGGCAGCCCUCAGCAAGGGCCUGCCCUUUAAAGAUGACGAGCCUCUGAAAAUAGCCCGUUGGAUGGUCCGCACAAUCGUCGACGAGGAUUGUGCCAUGGACCAGCCUGUCGAGGUGAGAUCGGGGCAGUUCGUAAUCCUGUAUCCGGGGCAGGAGCUCUACCAAGUGGACGACAACCGCAACUAUGCGGAUAUGUCGGUCAUUUGGACCGAGCAUCAGCUAUAUGCUGACCCAACGCCAAAGGAGGAGUCGGACGGAGAUGUCGUUGUGGAGGAUCUCACCGAGGAGGAUUCUGACAAAUGA